UAGCUCCCGCCAAACAUUUUAAAAUGACCGAAGUUUCAGUAUUGCCAACAGUAGCAACCUGGUAAUAAAAAUAAACCUUUCUUUCCUGUAGUGUAUUCAAGAUGGCUCGAGGCCCGAAGAAGCACUUGAAGCGUCUCAAUGCUCCGAAAGCAUGGAUGUUAGAUAAGUUGGGCGGUGUCUUUGCGCCAAGACCGUCGACGGGACCACAUAAACUACGAGAAUGUCUCCCACUCGUUAUAUUUCUACGGAAUAGAUUGAAGUACGCCUUAACUAACUGCGAGGUAACGAAGAUAGUUAUGCAAAGAUUAAUUAAAGUGGACGGGAAAGUGCGAACUGACACUAAUUAUCCUGCAGGAUUCAUGGAUGUCAUUACUAUUGAAAAGACUGGUGAAAACUUCCGAUUGAUUUAUGAUGUCAAGGGACGAUUUGCCAUUCAUCGCAUUACGCCUGAGGAAGCUAAGUACAAGCUGUGCAAAGUAAAGCGUGUACAAAAAGGUCCGCGAGGAAUUCCAUUCAUCGUGACUCAUGAUGGACGAACCAUCCGUUACCCAGAUCCAGCAAUUAAAGUGCACGAUACCAUUCAGCUCGAAAUUGCAACAUGCAAAAUCCUCGAUAAUAUCAAAUUUGAAACUGGAAACGUGUGCAUGAUUACUGGAGGUCGUAACUUGGGGCGUGUCGGUACAGUGGUUAACAGGGAACGUCAUCCUGGUUCCUUUGACAUUGUACACGUGAAGGACGCCAACGAACAUACUUUUGCCACCAGAUUGCAUAACGUCUUCAUCAUUGGUAAAGGUACGAAACCGUACGUUUCCUUGCCUAAAGGCAAAGGAAUUAAGUUGUCUAUUGCUGAAGAGAGAGACAAGCGGUUAGCGGCAAAGGCACAAUGAUGUAUUUAAAUUUACAUAUUUUACAAUAAAAACUAUUAAGGAUG